AGUUCCGGGUAGUUUCUGGGCUAGUGAGUUAGUUGGAGUUUAGGGUCCGAGGAGUUGUAGACCCGAAGCCUGGGAGAGAAGAUGAGCAGUGUAGACAUGUGAUCAUCCGCGGCUGCUGCUGUGGUGGCUGUGGUAGUGGUGGCGGCGGCGCUGGGGCUGGGGCUGGGGCUGCCCAGAAAUAGCAGCAGCUGGUUUCCGCUCCCUGGUUGGCUAAGAGAGAAAGACAGAGACACACAGAGAAAGAGAGAGAGAGAGAAAGAGAGAGAGCCCGAACAGUAGAGAGGAGCCGGCAGCGGCGGCGGCGGCGGCGUUGGCUGCGCGGGACACCCGGGGGACUCCUCCCGGAGGAUGCAAGCCCCCUGCCCUGCUCCAGCCCCAAGCAGAUGAUGGCGAUACGGGAGCUGAAAGUGUGUCUUCUCGGGGAUACUGGGGUUGGAAAGUCAAGCAUUGUUUGCCGAUUUGUGCAGGAUCACUUUGACCACAACAUCAGUCCUACAAUUGGUGCUUCUUUCAUGACCAAAACUGUGCCUUGUGGAAAUGAGCUUCAUAAGUUCCUCAUCUGGGAUACAGCUGGUCAGGAACGUUUUCAUUCAUUGGCACCCAUGUACUAUCGGGGAUCUGCGGCAGCUGUUAUAGUGUAUGAUAUCACUAAACAGGAUUCUUUUAAUACCUUGAAGAAAUGGGUGAAAGAAUUAAAAGAACAUGGUCCAGAAAACAUUGUAAUGGCCAUUGCUGGAAACAAAUGUGAUCUCUCGGAUAUUAGGGAGGUUCCUAUGAAGGAUGCUAAGGAAUAUGCUGAAUCCAUAGGUGCAGUUGUAGUUGAAACCAGUGCAAAAUGUGCUAUUAAUAUUGAGGAACUCUUUCAAGGAAUCAGUCGUCAGAUUCCACCCCUGGACCCUCAUGAAAAUGGGAACAACGGAGCGAUCAAGCUUGGGAAGCAAACACCACAAGCAAGCAGGAGAUGUUGCUGACCCCAUAGGAUAUCAUCUGAUGUACUUGAAGAACUCAACUCCCAUUUUCUUGUGCACUGACUGAAGGACUUCCCACUCUUGGUGACUUGGUGCCUUGUUUUACCAAAAAGAAAAAAAUCCCAUCUCUGCAUUCUGAGAAAUAUACAGGCAUCAACAGCCAGAAAGUUUCCCUGGGAAAGGAUUUUGCAGAAACUCUUGAAAAAUCCUUAGUCCUACUAUUUAUAUUGAUGGAUUAGAUUAUACCAAAAUCAUCUUGCCCCUCCCCUCUCUCUUUCUCUCUCACUCUUCUUACAACAGUGGUUUUUAACUGAGUGGGUAAAGGAAGGGAGUGGGUGGAUGACAAGUAUAUACUGAGUUCUCUGUUAAAUCCUCCCAAUACUCAAGUUUUGUAAGAAAGAGAAUGAAUUCUUGGUGGCUCAGUUUGUGUGUGGUGUUCUGGGGUGGAUCAUUCUUCUCUGACUGCCCCAUUGGCCUGGUCAAACUGCAGGAGUCUUUUCAAUGCCACAGCCCUUUGAGGAUGACCCAACCACUCACCUGUGAAAGUUAGCUUGUGAAGACAUAACUUUCUAUAUAGUUUUAGAACUGAGUCUGUUUUUUCCUUUUUAAAUUUUAGAUCUCCUCUAAAAAUUUUUUCUAAAAAAAAGAAAUAGAAUUUCGCCUGUACUUCCCACAUCUUCUGUAGAGAACAAAGGAAUAUUGUCCAACUAUCCCCCAAACUACAGGUUUGAAUAAUUCAGUGAAAAAGAAGAUGAAGGAAAGAUUUAUUUGAAAGGAAAAAAAAGGAUAUAGAAGGAAAAAAAAGAAAGGAAGAAGAAAUCUUUUAAAAUCCUGCUUUUUUCCCCUCAAUGUUCAAGCAUUGCACACAUUUUGAGUUUCAGGUACAUAUAAAUGGACAAACUUGAGAAAAUUGCCACAAAUGACUUAGAGGCUGAGAAGGCCUAGUUUUUUUUGGGAAAAGAUGGAAGGCAUUUCUAUAUAAGAAUGCAUAUGAGCAGAGACUAAAGUAGAAGAGAGACAUUUUUAAAGAGGUACUACUUAUUGCAUGUUGUCUUGAUGGGCAGGGAGCUCAAUGCACAGAGUAUUUCCUUGCUAAUAGAAUAUGUCAUGGUUUCUUAAUCAAGGUUGAGAAUUGAAGUAAAAGAAGCUACAGACUAAACUACAGGGUAAACUUCUGAUAAGGGGAGAUUAGUUAGAUAAUUAAACAAUUAGCCAGAGUGAGUGGCAGAUGCCUUAGGCUUUUAGACAAUUUAAAACUACUAGAUUAAAAAAAGCAUUCCAAUAACAAAACAACAACAAAAAAGUCAUGACAAAAAGACAAUUCUAUGGACUCCCCCACACUCUCUCAAUGCAGUACUCCAUCAUAUCUGCACAAACAAUAGACCUUAGGAAGGCCUUGCUGACCCAGAUUCCUUGGCUUCUUCUGUAACACAGAAGAAUUUAAAUAUCAGUUUUCUGGGUUUUUUGGGGUUUUUUGGUGAGGCAAUUGGGGUUAAAUGACUUGCCCAGGGUCACACAGCUAGUAAGUGUUAAGUGUCCGAGGUCAGACCCGAACUCAGGUCCUCCUGACUCCAGGGCUGGUGCUCUAUCCACUGCACCACCUAGCUGCCCCUAAAUAUCAGUUUUCAAAAGAGUACUGGGAUCCAGUGGAGGGAAGAAGUGAAGGCUGAGAGGGAAGAGUAGGAAAGCUCGUUUUUCUCCAAGUCCAAAUCCUAUUUGCAUUCCAAGUUUCUUACAAACCUAGUAUUGAAUAGUGGUUGACCUCUCACUAAGACUUAAUUGGGACAGUACUUUUAGAACCUCUCAGGUGCGGUACUUUUGGUAGGGUUGAUAUAGGAUUAAAAUUGGAUAAGACCUCAGGAGGACCUGAGUUCAAAUCCAGCCUCAGAUACUUGACACUUACUAGCUGUAUAACCCUGGGCAAGUCACUUAACUCUUGUUGCCCUGUAAGGAAAAAGAAGGAAAAAAGAGUUUUAUGGGACCUUUGAGGUCAUUCAGACAAACCUCCCUCAUUUUUUAGAUGAAGAAAAUGAGACCAAGUUAAGUAAUUUACCCAAGGUCACAUAUUGUAGCUGGUAGGAAAGGUGGGCUUUAAUCCUGGGCCUUUUACCUUUAAAUCCAGCUGUCUUUACUGUGAGAAGAAAUCCCACCCUUCCUAAAAUAUUUAGUCAGACACCAUGAAGUCAAGAAAAAUUUGUCCCAUUUUUACCCUUUCAUGAGCACCUUAAUUGUGGUCUGGGAAACAAUCAUAUCACUCACAGAACUAGAAAAUGGAAAGGACUUCAGGGGGCAUCUACUCCAAACACUUUGUUUUAGAGAGGAGGAAGCAAAGGCUCAGAAAGGGUAAAUGGUUUGUCAUGUAAAAGCUAGGAGAGAAAUUAAAUCUUGGCUAAACACCUGGAGUUUCCAAGGCUUAGGAAACAAACAUACUACCAUGCCCAUGGCUGUUUAGCCCCUGUUGCACUCUGAUCCUUUUUUUUCCCUGGCUUGAAGCAAUGUCAGUGUCCCAAAGAAGCAUUUAUUGAAGGACAAACAUGGGUGUCACAACGAUCCCUAUUUUGCGAUUAAAGAAAAAAAGCUGUAGAUAGAACAACAAGGGGUACAAAAAACCAAGCUGACAAUAAUAAAAGAUAAAAUACAAAGCACUACACAUUACAAAAAAAUUACCGAAAUUAGAAAUGACAGAUUACAGAAGAUUACAAAUAAAAAAGACUUUAUUUUAUUUUAUUUUUUACGGUGCACACAGCCAGUUUGAUUCUCCAACUGCAUUUCUGGAGUUGGUUGAGCUGGUUUGUUAGUUCUUGAGUCUUAGUGGUUGGAAGGGACUCCAUCCAUUCUACCUGUCUUGGUACAGGAUUGAGUCUCAGUUACUUCAGACAGAAGCGGGUCCAUCACAAAUAGUAAAGAGGGAUUCUGGCUGUCUGGGAAAAGACUUUAUGAGAUUUCCUUUGUUGUCCAUAGUUCACAGUCUGCACUGAAUUUCCUUGUAGGCCUGACAUAGAUCUGCACAUCCUUUUGGAAGUAAAUAAUUUGAUAUUAGAAACUGAAAAUUCUCUCUGGAUGACAUGCAAGUCUAUAUCAAGCUUUUCCUCUUUCAACACAGAACCUGAGUUAAUGUCUGAACUAAGCAGGGAAUAGGGCAGAGAAAGUAAGAAACCAUAUCCAUUUGUCACAUACCUAGGGAAUUACACUGGCCAAAUUCUAAAAUAAAGAAGGCUAAUUCUGAUGACAGAACGUGAAUAUUCUCCCACACACCCUCCCAAAUAUUAAUGGACACAGGGAUCUCUUCAGAAGGGAAUAGGAUUUAAGGUGAUUGUCUUUACCUCUGAUACUGUUUCUAUCAGAAGCAGUUUAGGGGGAGAAAAGCCUUCAUCAUCACUUAAAUUGGGAAAGAGCUGAUAGAGCAUAACUGAGCAAAUACAUUUACAUGUCUCUUGAGCCUUCUUAGGAAAGGACUUAGACCCUUUGGAGGAGUCAGGAUUUUUAUGAGAGUCAUUUAAAAAAAUUCAGGGUUGCCUGAGUUAACACAUGAACUGUAACCACAGUAUAUUAUGAGGUGACCAUCUAAAACAAUGCACCUCCAAACUCUGGCCAGAGCAUUAGAGGUGACAUAGCACCAUUUUAAUCAUUCCCCAGACUUCUCUUCCUCCCUUUCUCCCUGACUUCCUCCCUCCCUCCCUCCCUCCCUCCCUCCCUUCCUUCCUUCCUUUUUUCUCUACCUGCCCCAUCUCUAUCUCUUCUUGUGUACAUAUAUACAUAUAUAAAUAUGAUUUUACAUUUCUUAAGCUAACAUGUUAUACCUUUUGUUGGCUGAGUCUGGCUUAUAGAUAUCUAUUGUAUAUUGUAAAUACGAAUUUUUAUAGUGCCCAUUUCACAUUUAAGAACAGAAAGGCCAAAGAUAGAAAGUAGUGACAUGCAAGAGGCUGAUAUAGCUACCUUGUUGACUUGCCAUUUUAAAAACUUUAAAAUGGUACAUUAAUGAUACUAAGUAUUCAUUUUCCAUUCAGGCUGCAAGAUUUUGAGGGCCCCGAAAGUUAUGCCUCAAAGUGGCUUAAUCUCAUUCCUUACAGGAGAUAUGCCCAGUGUUAGUCAACUAGCAUUUAUUAAGUGCCUAUUAUGUGCCUGGGACUGUGCUAAGUGCUGGUGAUAUGAGUAUGAAAUGCUUCCUCCAGACAUAGCACUAUAAUAUGUGAUAGCUGAAAACAAGCACCUGUUGCUAGGUCCCCACUUUACAUUGCUCCUCAAGGAGCAGGGCAAGUUAAGCAAUAGGCUAACUCUGACAUGUAUGCAGACAUAUGAGGUAUAUCAGUGAUAUAUGUUUACUAUUUUAAACCAUCUUUUAAACCAGAUCCAGUGUUCAAUGUCAGCAUUAUGAUUUGCAGUGCAUGUUUCUUUCUCUCUUCUAUCUUUGCAAAGGGCUUUGACUGGGCUGGACCCAGUUCCCUGCAUAGAGGGUGAUACUUUUACCAUGUCAGGACUUUUUUCCUUUCAAUAAACAGUAGUGCAUUCCCAACCUCUCUUAACAGAAAUCCCCAAAUUCCAACAACAACAGCAACAAAACUGUACCUGUUAUUUUGUUUUAACAUACACUGAUUCAUACUAAUAAAUAUUUUAAGUAUUACCAAA